AUGGUCAUGGUAAAUUAUCGAUUGAGUGGACAGCAAGGAACAAAGUGGCCACUGUAUAUUCAAGAUGCUGCCGCAUCUGUUGCUUGGGUGGCCAAUAAUAUCGCUCAAUAUGGCGGCGAUCCCAAUAAUAUUUUUAUCAUGGGGUUCUCUGCAGGCGCUUAUCUUACUCAUAUGCUGAGCAUUGAUCCAAAGUGGUAUACAGCUAUUAAUUUUGAUCGCAAUCGAAUAAAAGGAUAUGUAGCCAUCAGCGGUCAGACUCGAGCACACGGAACGGUCGCUGCAGAUCUUGGUAUUCAGCAGAAUCAGUUAAUGAGCCUCCGUGCUGAUGCAAUGCCUCUCGGUCACGUCAAGAAAACGGAAAAACCGAUCCAUAUUUUUGUUGGCGAGUAUGAAGGUCAGACUAUAACGGAUAAUUAUGAUUACUAUAACCAACUGGCAAGCAAGGGCAGUACAAAUCUUUUCAUUUAUACUAAUCCCAAGAAAGAUCAUGGGGGUAUGCGGGAUGGUUUGGGUGAUGCUAAUAGUCCAACACGCACGAAAAUCUUGGAUUUCAUUCGAAUCUAUUCAAGUACUGUGAAUUUGUCGCCCAACAUUGCCUACCGCAAACCAGUUACCGUUUCAUCAAGUGAAAAUACAGUAAACACAGGAGAGAAAGCAGUCGAUGCCAACGGAAAUACGCGCUGGUCAAGCGCUUAUAGUGAUACGCAGUGGAUCUAUGUGGAUCUUGGGGCAACAUAUAACGUGAAUCGUGUGAAGAUCGCAUGGGAAGCCGCUUGUGCAAAGAACUAUUAUUUGGAAUCUUCUGGCGAUGCAAAAUCAUGGACGAAUGUACGAACGGUGACCAACAAUGCAGCCCUUGUGAAUGAUCAUACAGGUUUAAGCAGAAAUGCACGUUACAUCCGUAUUUAUGCCACACAAAGAGCGACCGCAUACGGAUACUCGAUCUACGAAUUUGAAGUGUAUGGGACUUUAACGGGCUAA